AUGAACACGUACAUCCAUAUCUCGCUCAUCGGUGGCACCGACGGCGGGCUGUUUAAUGACUUGCACGUGGCGACAGACAAGGAUGGUGGGCCACUCAUUCGUUCAUCAGGCCAACUCACCCUCGAUGUUAGCCACCCGAUCGCUCGUAUUGUCAUGUCUCACAGCUGGGAAAUUUGCAGUACAUCUGUCAUUCCAUCUAUCAUUCAGACAAACCAUCAUCAUAGAUUGAUGGCCUGGAGAUCACUUAUGAACGCAGCUAAAUGUUUCUCCACAGCGACCGAGGUCAUCCUGGCCAUCUAUGGCCGUGCUGGAUACCAGAACUACCACAAGUGCAAACUGAUCAACAGCAUGAGCUUCGUCAUCUUCGAUAAGGCGACCGCAACCAGUCACAUUGAAGGUCCCUUCAGCAACGGGGACGGCUCUAACAAUGGCGAGUCUUUCCACGUCUCCAAUGUCAUGGCAUUCGGCGGCUACGCAAAGCCGGCUGAGCAGCGUAAGUUGGAUUAA